UUAAUAUCGUUUCGUUAUCAAACGAUACCGAACGUUCUAUUAUGUUAGGUUUUAAAGCAAACUAUAUAAAGCUGUGAAUAUUUCUUCGUCUAUUAUACGCAAAAAUUGCUAAUUUUCUGAAAUCACUGGAAAAUGAUGGCGAAAUUAUUUGUUUCAUUUUGGCUGUUUGGAGCUCUCUGUUUUGUUCUUGCGACACAAGCCCACAAAUGUGCAGAUUCUGAAGUUGGACCGCAUCCAGAUCAUUUUAGUCCUGAGGAAAAACAAGACGAAAUUACUGGUGGUCGAUCAAGACGUGGAUUCGGUGGUGGACCUGGAGCUAACAAUUUCGGACAAGGUGGCAACGGAGGUGGACCAGGAGCAAACAAUUUCGGAGGUGGAAGCGGUAGACAAGACGAUAGAUAUAGUGGACAAGGAAGUAGGUAUGGUGGACAAGGCGGUAGAUAUGGUGGACAAGACAGUGGAUAUGGUGGACAAGACAGUAGAUAUGGUGGACAAGACAGUAAAUAUGGUGGACAAGACAGUAGAUAUGGAGGACAGGAUAGUCGAUAUGGUGGACAAGGAAAUGGAAGGCAAGGUGGAAGAGGCUAAGAUGAUUAAGGUGGUGACUCUGACUA